AUGCGGUCUGCCUUGGCUGCCGCCCUGGGCCUGGCCCUCGUCCCGCUCUCACAGGCGUGGAACGUUGAGCUGCCGCCAUGCUUGGACGACUUCAAGCCCUUUGUUAGCUCUGGCUGCUUUCGGGAAGGAUCCGACCCGACCUUGAUCUUCCGCUCCGGCCUGGACCAGCACAACAUGACGGUCGAGAAGUGCGUCGCCGACUGCAAGGGCAACGGCUACCGCUACGCCGGCCUCGAGUAUUACGGCGUCUGCUUCUGCGGCUCCACCGUCAACGGCCCGCAGGUCCCAGACUCGCAGUGCUCCCUCCCCUGCAGCGGCAACAAGUCGGAGACUUGCGGCGGCGACAAGGCUCUCUCUGUCUGGCAGGAUCCCACCUUUCCCAAGACCCCCGAGGACGUCACCGUCGACGACUACAAGUCUCUGGGCUGCUUCACUGAUGACUCCACCAAGGGCCGAACCCUGUCGUGGCCCGUCAAGGCGGACGCUUCCUCCUUUACCACAAAGAAGUGCUUGGCUGCCUGCGAAAAGGGGGGCUUCCCCUUUGCCGGUACCGAGUAUGGAGGUGAGUGUUGGUGCGGCGUGGUUCUCGCCAACGACACAGCCAAGGUCCAUGAGUCGGAGUGCAACAUGCCCUGCAGGGGCGAUGCCUCGGACAAGUGCGGCGGUCGCGCGCGCCUGAGCCUCUACGUCGCCAAGGACCUCGAGUCCCUGGAGCCGUGCGGCCAGCGCCCGCCGAGGGAGACAGCCUCGACGGUAGACCAGCCUAGCAAUACCACGUCCCAACCCGGCGAGACCACCUCCAGCAAGCCGAUUGAGACGGUCACCAGUGCGCCCGAGGAGACUGCUUCGACUCCUUCGCAGGGGGCCACGUUGACGAAGCCUCAGGAGACCACCUCCAACAGUCCUGGUGAGUCUACUGCCUCGACCAAGCCCGACGAGUCAUCGACCAGCGCUGGGCAGACGCCGACGCCGAGUGAGACGACUGCCACGAGCCCUGAGGAGUCUUCGACAACCAAGCCUGGGGAGACGACCAAGGCCGAUGAGACAACGACGAAUCCUGGCACCGUCGAGCAGCCCCGGCGAGACGUCUACGCCAAGCUGGACGUCGGCCCCGACCACCACUACCAAAAACGAGGUGGCAUCCACGACGGCCUUGCUUUGUACGGCCACGAGCAUCGUCCCGUCAAGGUCGUCUCGUGUUUCAAGUACGCCGGCUGGCCGCACACCAUCGACUGCUUCGACUUCCAGCGCUGGUGCCGCAACGUGCAGCGGUACUGUGCCGGCAGCUGCAGGGGCCGCGGCCGGUGUGGCAAGGGUGACUGCUGGAGCAAGUACAAGCCCGGCUUCGGCAAGCCCCCAGCCACGACCACGUCCGUCUUCCCCUGUCUCCCGGCGUCGGCGACGGACAAGCCGACGCCUGCGCGGCCUGCCACGUCGUGCCCGCCGGCGCCCACCAACAUCUGCAAGCAGCCUACCAACGACAGAUGGGGCUACGGCCCCGGCAAGCCCGUGGGCGGCAUCCCGCUGCCCGUCGUCGGGUGCAACGACAUCAAGGACGACUGGCGGUCCAGGCCGUACAAGCUGUACACGGAGCCCGACAGCGUCAAGUCGCCGUCGUUCCGGUGGCCCGAGCGGCCCAAUGUGUGCGUCGACUCGUGCAGGGAGCAGUACCAGCACUGCCGCGACACCUACGUCGACAGCUGCCGCCAGCUGGGUUGGAAGGGGGGCUUCCACAAGCGCCGCGAGGGCGAGACGGACGCCGAGUUUGCGCGCCGCGCGCAGCCGUGGUCGGGCACAUGGGCCGUCGAGUCCGAGGCGGCCGAUGCGAACAGCAGCAGCAACGACGGCUACUGUGCCGCGACUGAGGACCACUACUCGUGGGCCAGGCACGGCUCCGACUCGGUCAACUGCUGGGGUUGGGGCGGCAACACGCCCGACAAGGCCGAGCAGCGCUGCCGCGCCCAGUACAACGACUGUCUCGCCGUGAACAGCAGGGUCAAUCCCGGCGACCAGUGCAAGACCUGGUGUCGCAAUUACUAG